CCCCGCGCAUUUAGUUCGAUUGUUAAUGUGAAUAGGAAUGCUUGUUUGUUGUGAUUAUUUUUACAAUGUUUUCGCGAUCGAAGUUCUAUUCAAAAACACAUGAUAUAUACAAAAAAUUAAACAAACAUCCACAUUGAAAUACAGACAAAGUGAAUACGGUGAAAAUUAUCAUUACUUGAUAUUAAGCUUUGAUACUUUUCUUAUUAUAGAAGUGGGUUCUUUUCACUUAUUUUGAAGUGUCCUACAUUAAAAUACAACUUGACCCGCGAAAGUUUUACAAGGAAUAAGUUUUUAAUGGCGAAAAAUGUGCGCUGCACGACAAAAAGUGAUCUUUUUAGUGACUAUUUUGUGGUUCGUAGUGAGUGGUCAUGAUACUGAACUUUUUAGCGAACAUUCCUUAGAAUUGACUCAAUCAUUGAACUUGGCCCGCCAAGAACUCAUCCAAGACACGUGCAAUCGUUUCCCUGUCAACUAUACCCUGGACGACUUGCCCGCCAAUCAAUUGGAGCACAUUUUGAUCGACGAUGAACGCAAACUCAUGUAUUGCUACGUGCCUAAGGUCGCUUGUACAAAUUGGAAGAGAGCCCUUAUGAUAAUAGCCGGCAAAUGGAAUGAUACAAAUGUUCUCUCAAUACCCGGGAAUGUAGCCCAUGCCCCCGGUUUGUUCCGGAACCUCAGCUCAGUUACCAAAGAGGAGAGAGAUUAUAUGCUCGAGAACUACCACAAGAUGAUAUUCGUCAGGAAUCCAUUUGAAAGACUGUUGUCAGCUUAUAGAAAUAAGUUGGAAGGGGAAACACCGAGUGCUAAAUAUUUUCAAAAUCGCGUCGGCAAACGAAUCAUCAAGGCGUUCCGACCCAACGCCAGCAACGAGUCCCUGGAGCUGGGCCAUGACGUCACGUUCAAGGAGUUCGCGAUGUUCCUCACUGACCGGACGAAGGAGGAGCUCGCUGACGUCACCAACAACGAGCACUGGCAGCCCAUCACCAGCCUGUGCCACCCCUGCAUCGUCAGGUACACGUUAGUCGGUAAAUACGAGACGCUGCUAGACGACGCGCUUCUAGCUCUCAACACAAUAGGAGCCUCUCAAGUGCAGUUCCCGAGACUGACUCACACCGGUGGAACCGCGGAGAAACUACGCAAGUACUUCGCCGAGCUAGAUCUAGACCUAAUACGACGGCUCUACAAGCUAUACAAGUACGAUUUCAGAAUAUUCAAAUACGAUCUGGAUAAUAUCAUCGGGUUUGAUCUAGGGUAGCAGCUCAUAACAUUGCUUAGGAGUAAAAAAACUAUUAAUAAGUCGACGGUGGCUUAUAUGCAAUCUGUUGCCUUAUUACGCUACACUCUGUAAUAAGAUCUGUAUCGCUGUAAAAAAUCAUAAUUGCUUCAGUUAUUAUAUCUCGUAAUGCGAUGAUUCUCAGAAUUUUGCAAAUACAAAAUAAGUAGGUAAUUACGAUACAUUCGGGAAAAAGUGAGAUAAGAUCGAAUGAGAAAACGUUUUUUAUGUUCGGUUACAACCUUCUUAGACUAUGAACGUAUUUAGUGAGAGUUCAUGCAUGUAAAGUGCGACAAGGCUUUAAAUCAACGUGGGCGGGGGCGCUGGCGAU